AUGGCUGCGCACGGGCUUGUCCCUUGUGGGUGCGGGCUUUGGCAUCAUCAAGUUCUUACCAGGAGUUUCCUCCAACUUCGUGAUGGGCUUCGCCCUCAUCACGGUGGGUGUCUUUGUGCUGCUCUACUCCGCAGCCAGGUAUUUCGAUGUGAUGCAUUGCCUGGAGCAGGGGGAGUUCUCGGUAGACACAGGCGGCAUUGUGCUCGUGGUGGUUGCUGCCGGGCUGCUCGAGUUCUUGGUGAUCUGCAUUGUUCUCGACCAUUUAUGGAACCAUCAAGGCCAGCGGCAUAG